CUAUUUGUAGAAUUAAUUUAUUUAUUUUUUGAGACAGAGCUUCGCCCUUGUUGCCCAGGCUGCAGUGCAAUGGCGCCAUCUCGGCUCACCGCAGCCUCCACCUCCCGGGUUCAAGGGAUACUCCUGUCUCAGCAUCUCGAGUAGCUGGGAUUACAGGCAUGCACUAUCACGCCCAGCUAAUUUUGUAUUUUUGGUAGAAACAGGUUUCUCAGUGUUGGUCAGGCUGAUCUCGAACUCCCAACCUCAGGUGAUAUGCCCGCCUGGGUCUCUCAAAGUGCUGGGAUUAUAGGCAUGAGCUCCCAUGCCCGGCCUAUUUGUAGAAUUUAAUGUGCUUAAGUUUGGCUCACCUAACGGGGUUGAAUUCACGUGGACAGAUGGAUUGCAGUGUGAUGUGACUUUCCUUCAUAAAGACGGAAGUGUCUGCCCAAAGAAGUGAGCGUGUUGAGGUUUAUCUGGGAGGCCUCGCUGGACUUGCCUGUCUGUCUUCUUAGUUGCCUCCUUUUUUUUUCUUUCCUAAAAUGCAGGGUUGGGUGUUUUAUGUUGCUUUUGGCCAGGUUGAAAUAGUCAGAUUAAGUGUUGGUUUGUAGGCACAGACCUGAAAGGACAGGACUUUGAACUGAAUCAUCUGUCACUGACUCGCUGUGUGGCCUUGGAUAAGACCUUGUCUCAGUCCAGGCCCCUUGCCUUCUGGAAAGGGAUUAGGACCCUGUUAAACUUUUUUAGGAAGACACCAGAUGGCCACCACCUUUUCAGCCUAGUAAACAGUGCUGUCUCUCCAAAUCUAUCAACAGCAUAUAAACCGGUGUCUCGCACUUCUAACUUAGUUGCUUUAUUAAGUACUGUGCCAUUGUUGCCAUUGGCUUUAAGUUUUUUGUAAAUAAAGGAAGAUUAUUGAAGUCUGAUCAUUGGCAAAAUGCCUCAAGAAGUUGGAAGAAACUUCUCAGUGGACAGUGUCUUCUGCUGUCGGUCAGGAUGAUGUUGGUGUUAGGAAGGUACUUGGAGUGGCUCACGCCUGUAAUCCCAGCACUUUGGGAGGCCAAGGCGGGUAGAUUACGAGGUCAAGAGAUCAAAACCAUCCUGGUCAACAUGGUGAAACCCCAUCUCUACUAAAAAUACAAAAAAUUAGCUGGGCACGGUGGCGCGUGCCUGUAAUCCCAGCUACUCAGGAGGCUGAGGCGGGAGAAUUGCCUGAACCCAGGAGGCGGAGGUUGCAGUGAGCCGAGAUCGCGCCAUUGCACUCCAGCCUGGGUAACAAGAGCGAAACUCCGUCUCAAAAAAAAAAAAGGAAGGUACUUGGUACUUGGCGUCCAUCUCUGAUCCAGCACGACAGGUCACACGGCUCCUCAGUGUGACAAAUAAAUUAUUCCUUAGUACUCACAAGUAAGUUAUACCUUUUGAAAAUUAUACAGAAUUAGUUGUUGAGUUGAACAUUUUAGUCAGCAUUUAUUAAGCCCCCGCCUCAGCAGUAGUUGACUUUUGUCAAAAGGGAGAGAAGGAAAUUCUAGUUUUCCCCACGUCCAAGGCUCCAACCGAAACAUACGAAAUCAAGAUUUCCAGAAGAAAGUCCUGGCAAUUUGGAUAUUUAAGAAGUGCUCUAGGUCAUCAAGCAAAUCGGACUCAAUGGCCCAGGUGUCGCAUCUCUUAAGUGGAGUUUGUGGACUCACAGUUGCCAUCUCACUUGGGAGCUCAUCAAGACAGGCAGAGUCUCUGGUCCCAUCCAAGGCUAUUGAAUCAGAAGCUGCAUUUUAUUUAGCAAGGCCCCCAGGCAACUGCCAUCACAUUUACGGUUGAAGGGCUAGUGGAGUGUGGUGAUAGGAACAUGUUUGGUGCUCUGUACAGGGCCUUGUAAGAAUACAUGAUGCUGUGCACAGUGGCGCAUCCCACCGGUCCCAUGUGGCUUUUUGUGACAGCCUUUGUUUGAUAAUGUUUUUAUUAUUCACUUUGUACAGAUGAGGACUCCCACCUGUAGAGGCCGAGGGGCCACGCUGCAGUUAGAGCAGGCACUCACUAAGGCAUGUGUCAUCCCAGGUGCAGCUCCCAUCCUUGGCUGCCUGGGCGCCCCUUUCCAGUCCUAAUGUCUUGUGACAUCCCCUGAGGCACCCAGCACAGGCUGCUGUCUGAAUUUAGAACUGAGCCUGUUCAAUUGAUGGCUUAAUGUCGGCUUCUUAAAAUACAAGUCUGCUGUGGUUUGGUACAUCUGUGCUUGGUUUACUAAUUUGGUGUUCAUUUUUUCAGUCUUCAGAAAGGUUGGUUGAAGUGCUGCUGGUGGCUGUUGCAUUGAUACACAGGGAAGCUUUCUGAUCUGUGAGCUUUCUUUUUUUUUUUUUGAGACGGAGUUUCACUCUUGUUACCCAGGCUGGAGUGCAAUGGCGCGAUCUCGGCUCACCGCAACCUCCGCCUCCUGGGUUCAGGCAAUUCUCCUGCCUCAGCCUCCUGAGUAGCUGGGACUACAGGCACGCGCCACCGUGCCCAGCUAAUUUUUUGUAUUUUUAGUAGAGACGGGGUUUCACCAUGUUGACCAGGAUGGUCUUGAUGUCUUGACCUCGUGAUCCACCCACCUCGGCCUCCCAAAGUGCCGGGAUUACAGGUGUGAGCCACCGCGCCCGGCCGAUCUGUGAGCUUUCUAGAGGGCAAUUGCUAGGCUGCACUGAAACCCUGAGCCCCUUUCUUUUGGAGCAAUGUAGAGCCCAGUUCAUGGCUCCCAGAAGUUUAGGUUCAGUCAUUUGGCUGCAGGCCUAGAGAACAGGAAGCUGCAGACUUGGACUAAUGGUGAACUCUUGUCUCCUCCCAGGGAUAUGUGGUGCCUGCCGUAAGCUUCAGAGAGCUGCCUUCCACGGAAACCAGCAGAAGAGUGGGCAAACAUGAAGUCCAAUCCCGCUGUCCAGGCUGCCAUUGACCUCACAGCGGGGGCUGCAGACGUACUUUCACCCUUGUUGCCCAGGCUGGAGUGCAAUGGCAUGAUCUCGGCUCACUGCAACCUCCGGCUCCUGGGUUCAAGUGAUUCUCCUGCCUCAGCCUCCUGAGUAGCUGGGAUUACAGGCAUGCACCAUCACACCAGGCUAAUUCUGUAUUUUUAGUACAGGCAGGGUUUCUCCAUGUUGGUCAAGCGGUCUUGAACUCCUGACCUCAGGUGAUCCGCCUGCCUCAGCCUCCCAGAGUGCUGGGAUUACAGGCGUGAGCCACCGCGCCUGGCCUUAAUAUUCUUAUAAAAGUACAUAAAUAAAGGAUUUAAACCUAGAAUAAAUAAAGUUCAGUUCAUUCUCUAUCUAAAUACAUGUUAUUAAUUGGUAGAAUUCAAAUGAAAGAGAUUUUUCUGUAGAGUGAACUGUUUCGCUCUUUGGGGAUUAAUUGGCCAGACUCCUCGUUUCCUUUCCGUGGUGCCAGGUCUGAUCAGUCCCACUGGGCAUUAGGCAAAGUGAGUGAUGAAGACUUCCCAGCUUUCCCCUCCCUUUCUGUGGCUUCCGUCUCUUGCGCACACAGUGACUGUUGGUUAUUAACACCUACGUAGCUGGCGCUGUGCUGAGCCCGUCUUCUCCAUUUUUAUGUAAUCCUCGUGCUAACCCUGUGAGGUGGCAUGGAUGAGGAACUGAGGCUCAGAAGGUACACGGCUUGUCAGGAUCUCACAGCAAAGCCAUAGUCCCUCUGACCCUUCUGCCCAGGCUCCUGCAUGCUCACUGCGCUGUUCAUCCCGGGCCUGCCUCUCUCCCCUGCCUGGCAGGAGCUCCUUCAGGGUGGGAUUUAGGUGCCAGGCACAUUAAGGACCUGCUACAAAUUGUUUACUGGACAUGGCUGGAAGGUUUUGGAGGAAAAGAGGUUGAAAAGAACUGAAGCAGAGGUGAGUUUUGGGGUAGGCUGCCUGUGCCUUCUCUCCGUGGCUAGUGGAACCGGAGCCUCACACUAGAGCAGUCUUCUGCCCUGAUUCCAGGGGGCACAGCCUGUGUACUGACCGGGCAGCCCUUCGACACAAUGAAAGUCAAGAUGCAGACGUUCCCUGAGCUGUACCGAGGCCUCACCGACUGCUGCCUGAAGACUUACUCCCAGGUCGGCUUCCGUGGCUUCUACAAGGGGACCAGCCCAGCACUGAUCGCCAACAUCGCGGAGAACUCCGUCCUCUUCAUGUGCUAUGGCUUCUGCCAGCAGGUGGUACGGAAAGUAGCUGGAUUGGACAAGCAGGCAAAGCUGAGUGAUCUGCAGAAUGCAGCUGCUGGUUCCUUCGCCUCUGCCUUUGCUGCGCUGGUGCUCUGCCCCACAGAGCUCGUGAAGUGCCGGCUGCAGACCAUGUACGAGAUGGAGACAUCAGGAAAGAUAGCCAAAAGCCAGAAUACCGUGUGGUCUGUCAUCAAGAGUGUCCUUAGGAAGGAUGGCCCCCUGGGCUUCUACCAUGGGCUCUCAAGCACUUUACUUCGAGAAGUACCGGGCUAUUUCUUCUUCUUCGGUGGCUAUGAACUGAGCCGGUCAUUUUUUGCAUCAGGGAGAUCAAAAGAUGAACUAGGUAAACGUGUCUGCACAACUGCAGUGGGGUAUGAUGGUGUCUGCUCCCUGAAGGUCUGGUUUCUGUGGACUCUGCGCGUUGCGCUCUCCUCCCUGCAUUGGUGGCUCCAUCUGGCACAGGGAAGCUUCUGGAUGCCAGAAGGCCCUGUGCCUUUGGUGUUAAGUGGUGGAGUUGGUGGGAUUUGCCUCUGGCUUGCGGUUUACCCAGUGGAUUGUAUCAAAUCCAGAAUUCAGGUUCUUUCCAUGUCUGGAAAACAGGCAGGAUUUAUCAGAACCUUUAUAAGUGUGGUGAAGAACGAAGGAAUAAUGGCCUUAUAUUCCGGACUAAAACCUACUAUGAUUCGAGCAUUCCCUGCUAAUGGAGCACUCUUUUUGGCCUACGAAUACAGCCGGAAGUUGAUGAUGAGCCAGUUGGAAGCAUACUGAAGGGGCCUGAGCCAAGCACGGGUGUCCGAGGACUACAGUUCAUCUCAGGGUUUCUUGGAGUACAAGACCAGCAUGAAGUUAUUCUGAUUUCUUGAGAAUUUUGCCUUUUGUCUUCCCUUCUACCCUGCAUCUUAAACUGUAUGGGAGAACCUCUAUUUUGCAUCUACCGUUUCUGCCCAAAAUUGUACUGAAAUAGAAAAGUCACUGCUCUUGCCCUUGGUAAAAUAGGGAGUGGUCAGUGACCUUGUGCACCUCAUUCAGAAGGCCGCGUACAGUUCUGCCAGGGCUGUGCGUAAACCUCUACCUGUACAUGCAGUUUGGACAGUUACGUGUUGAGGGAAAUACAGUUUGGUUCCAUGUUUAUUAUUUCAAAUAUUAUCAGAAAUACCCAGAGGUGGUACUUCUUAUGAAGAUGCUUACAAAUGGUUGUUUAACCCAUUCUAGAUGUAGGGUCUACUUAAUGUGUGUACUAUUCUUAAGUGGUUGUACUUAAUGUGUGUACUAUUCUUAAGUGGUUGAUAGAUAUUUUUUUUUUUUGGAUAUGGAAUCUUGCUCAGUUGCCCAGGCUAUAGUGCAAUGGCAUGAUCUCAGUUCACUGCAACCUUCGUCUCCUGGGUUCAAGUAAUUCUCUCACCUCAGCCUCCCGAGUAGCUAGGAUUACAGGUAUGUGCCACCAUGCCCAGCUAAAAAAUUUUUUUUUUUUUUUUUGAAACAGAGUCUCAUACCGUCACUGGGGCCGGAGUGCAGUGGUGCGAUCUCAGCUCACUGCAACCUCCCCCUCCUAGGUUCAAGUGAUUCUCCUGCCUCAACCUCCCAAGUAGCUGGGAUUAUAGGUGCCCACCACCAGAUCAGCUAAUUUUUUGUAUUUUUAGUAGAGACAGGGUUUCAUUAUGUUGGCCAGGCUGGUCUUGAACUCCUGACCUAGUGAUCUGCCCGCCUUGGCCUCCCAAAGUGCUUGGAUUACAGGCAUAAGCCAAUGCACCCAGCCUUUUUUUUUUAUUUUUUGUAGAGAUGGGGUUUCACCAUGUUAGCCAGGCUGGUCUUGAACUCCUAACCUCAAGUGAUCCACCUGCCUCGGCCUCUCAAAGUGUUGCGAUUACCAGUGUGAGCCACUGUGCCUGGCCAGUGGUUGAAUUUUUUUAAAAGUUCAUGGGGUACUUGAAAACUAAAAUAUCUAUCUAGAUUUGUAAGACAGUCUACCUGCAUACCAGUGUGGCUUCCACACUUGAGUAAAAGUUUCAGAGUAGUCAUCCUAGAUUUCCCCAAGAUGCUCUGCUCUUAAAAUAGUGCCAUUCAUUUUCUAGGUGGGAUCGUAUUCUACACCGACUAUAUUGCUAGGCGUGGCCUGGAGGGUCAGGCCUUUGGUAAACAGCACAGCCUUACCAGCUUCCCUUCUCUCCCAAAGAACUUCCCCUCUUGGGCUUUAGAUUGAGGAAGGGCUUUGGAUUGAAGAGCGGUAGGCAGUACCACUGUGCUUUGAUGAAAGACCCGUGUGGCUAGCAGCAGCUCUUACCUUUUGUCUCUGGGUCCUGGCCUGGGUAGGAUUCCUGGGUGUUCUGUUGGCUCAUCUGGGGCCAUCACUCCACUUUGGACCACUCACUGUCUGCUCUGCCUCCACCAAUCAGAAUGCCUUCCAAGGAACAGUGAGAGCCAAAGCCAAGAGAAGCCUUGUUUGGUGAUUGAGUGACAGUGGUUGAAAUCCUCUCUGACAGAACUAGAAAGAACUCAGUGCUUGUACUCCAUAGUGAGUAAUGGCAGAGCUGACUCAUCCUGAAGCCCAUCUUGCCAUGCUUUUACGGUGUUGGAAGCUUCUGCAUUUGGUACUGGCAGUCAGUUUUAAAGAUGACUGUAUAUGGGAUGUGAUUUUAUAAAGCAGUGGAACAUAAGAAAAGCCACAUGUAUGUAUUCACUGACCAAACAUUCGCUGGCCAACCAACCAAAGCCCGUACUUCAUCUGAUCCUCCAUAGACUUGGGGAUGGGCAGCUCUUCUUUGGACAUAUGGUAUAAGGGGGUCAUUCUUGUCACUACUAAAGUUAGUUUCACCCUUUUAUGCUGCUCUAAGACCAAUAGGGUCUCUCCCAAUAAAAAAUAUUGCUUAGCCUGUGAACUGAGUGCUACCAGGCUAACAAUUUUCAUAAUAGUCCAUACCAUGUGUUCCUGUCAGCAGAAUGUACAUGUGCAAAACCUCCAGGUUCCUUAAGGUUUGUGCUGUCCAUGAAUCUUCUAUGGCAACUGCAGUCACAAAGCCAGAAGCCAGAGGGUCAGAGAUAUGAGAGGCCGACAAAUACUGGGGGUCACCUGGGGAGGAGACCUCUGUCCUGUCAUGUUUCUUGUGCUGCAGAGCUAUUACGGCUGGUCCUCUAUUUGCUUUUUCUUUAAGAGAAAAGUUUUCUACUUUGCUUUUCCCCCAUACUUAAAUGGUCAGUAGCUACUGAGUGGUGCUUUUAUCUGACCAGGCCUGGAUUGAAGCAAAAUAGAAAUGGGACUGGCUUUCCACAGGAGUUAAACUGCUUCAGAGCCCGCAGUCCCAUGCUCAGUGCCUGGAAACUAGGCUGCUGUCAGGAAUCUUCCCACAGGCCAUUAGAGAUUUCACUAGAUAUCUUCCAUUAGAGAUUUCACUAGAUAUCUCCAAUAGAAAUAGUCUGAGGCAAGUGGGAGUGGUCAGUGGAAGCCUGGGUUGGGAGAAUUUUUAUUUUUUCAUUGUUUGCUUAAUUCAGGGUACAGUUUGUGCCAUUUCGUAUCUGUACUCCAGGCAAAAAUAUAACUUGAAAAUACUGUGUCUAAAGAAAUGUCAUGUUCUAUCAUCAUUAAAUUAUUUACUUAA